AUGGUUAACUACUGCGUCGUGCUGCUGUUGGGCGUUUUAUCGUUGAUGGCUGGGUCGACCAUGGGUGUACCGAUGUCUCCUGGGUACGGCGGAUACCAAUCAACAACGACGAAGGAAUACUACACCACGCCACCGCCUUACUACACAACACCUACUUACUACACCGACCCCCCCAAGUACUACACGACUACGUAUGCAGUACCAGCCUACUACACCACUAAGGCACAUGAGUACUACACGACUACGUAUGCUGCCCCAGCUUACUACACGGAGGCUCCCGUUUACUACACUGAAGCUCCAGUUUACUACACGACAACAUACGCCAGUCCUACCUACUGCAACGAGGCUCCAAAGUAUUACUCUGCCCCGAGCUACUACCAGACUGAGGCUCCGGUUUACUACACCACAAAGGCCCCCGAGUACUACAUUACAACUUACGCCGCUCCUACUUACUACACUACCAAGGCUGCCGAGUACUACACCACUACCUAUGCUGCUCCAAUCUACUACACUGUGACUCCAGUUUACUGCACCACCAAGGCUCCUGAGUACUACACAACAACAUACGCUGCAUCUACUUACUACACCGAGGCCCCGAAGUAUUAUGCUGCUCCAAGCUACACAACUACUGAAGCAGCCAAGUAUUACGAAGCCCAACCUUACUACACCGCGGCUGCUCCUUCUUAUCAUGCUGAACCAACCUACUACACCGAGGCUCCGGUGUACACAACUUACGCCACUCCAAGCUACUACGCCGAAGCGCCAGUUUACUACACCACCAAGGCCGCCGAGUAUUACUCAACUACCUAUGCUGCUCCAACUUAUUACACCGAGUCACCUAAAUGUUAUUCAACACCAGCCUACUACACUACCAAGGCCCCUGAGUAUUACACAACUACCUACGCUGCCCCGACUUACUACACUGAAGCUCCAAAGUAUUACUCGGCUCCGAGCUACCAAACUGAGGCGCCGAAAUACUACACUACAACAUAUGCUGCUCCAACCUACUACACUGAAGCCACAAAGAAGUAUUAUUAA